AUGGAGAAUUUCUUAACUGCUCAACAAAAACAAGGAGAAAUGAUUCAACAAUUAACUUCAAGGAUAGACCAACUUGCCACUCAUAACAGGAUGUUGGAAAACCAAAUAGCUCAACAAGCAAGCUCUUUUAGCAAAGCACAAGGAAAACUUCCAAGUCAACCAAAGAAUCCUAAAGAACAUUACAAAGCAGUGAUCCUAAGGAUUAAUGAGGAAGCAAACAAGAGGAAGGAAAUUAAAAAAGAAGAAGAGGAAAAGUAUGUGCCUCCACCACCAUACAAGCCACCAUUGCCAUAUCCUCAGAGGUUUCAGAAAGCAAAGCUAGAUAAGCAGUUCGGGAAAUUUUUAGAAGUUUUGAAGAAAUUAUACAUCAACAUUCCAUUUACAAAUGCAAUUUCUCAAAUGCCCUCAUAUGCAAAAUUCCUGAAAGAAAUUUUGUCAAACAAGAGGAGAUUAGAAGAUUAUGAAACUGUGGCAUUAACAGAGGAGUGUAGUGCUCUCUUACAGAAUAAACUUCCACCAAAAUUGAAGGAUCCAGGAAAUUUCUCUAUUCCUUGUCACAUUGGGGAUACUAGUAUUGAAAAGGCAUUGUGUGAUCUUGGAGCUAGUGUAAGUUUGAUGCCACUCUCCAUUUGUGAAAAGCUGACAGUAGGAGAUUUGAAGCCCACCACCAUUUCUUUGCAACUAGCUGAUAGAUCCAUCAAAUAUACAGUGGGAAUUCUGGAGAAUAUGCCCUUAAAAGUUGGAAAAUUUUACAUUCUUGUGGAUUUUGUGGUUCUUGAAAUGGAAGAGGAUAUUCACAUACCUAUCAUUUUGGGAAGGCCAUUUUUAGCCACAGCAGGGGCUAUAAUUGAUGUAAAGAAUGGUAGAUUGACAUUAAAAGUUGGAGAAGAGGAGGUGGAAUUUAAUUUGAAUCAGACUUUGAAGAAACAUCAUGGAGUUGAUCCUUGUUUAAGGGUUGAUGUUAUUGAUGAGAUUGUGGAAGUAGAAUUUAAGAAAAGAUAUCCUGAGGACCCUUUGGAGAAUUGUUUGGUACAUAGUAGAACAACAAAGGAUGAAAAUCCUGAAGUUACAGCUUUUGCUCAAAUUUUGGAAGCUACUCAAGAAGUUGUAGGAGAUCAAGUUUUGCAAGUUGAAGAAUUGAAAUAUGAAGUUGCACACCUAUCUUUGCUAGAUGAGAAGGACGCACCACAGGAUUUUUUAGAGGAUAAUUUUAAAGCUACCAUAGAACAUCAAAGAAGGUUAAAUCCUAAUAUGAAAGAGUUGGUGAAGAAAGAAGUCUUGAAACUGCUUGAAGCUAGGAUCAUUUAUCCUAUUUCUGAUAGUAGUUGGGUUAGCCCAGUUCAUGUAGUUCCUAAGAAAGGAGGUGUGACCGUUGUGAAAAAUGAAAAUAAUUAG